AUGGGAAAUCUUUGUAAUAAAGAACCUGCUGUUGCUGGAAUAGUUGAUAAUGUUCCAGCCUAUUAUAAUAGAGGCAUCAACUUUAGAUCAAAUUAUAUCACUAUUGAUAAUAGAUAAGUCUUUACUGGAGUGAGGUUUUUAUACUAUUCAUAAUUACUUUAGAUUCUAAUGUGUAGAAUAUGCAAGAAGAUAUCUUAUCUUGACUAAAGGAGUUGUAUUUGGUGAUGUUGGUUGUGCAUAUCAUAUAUUUGAUCUUAACACUGUUACUGAUAUAAUGACUUAAUAAUAGAGAUAGUUUCAAUCAAUACCAUAAGGCAGUUCUAUUCCACCUCAAAAAGGAGAUCUUGUUAUUUAUUAAAAGAGUGGCAAAUAAUGGUGGGGACAUGUUGCUGUGGUUACAAAUGUAAAUGGAAACCUUGUUGAUUUGGCAGAAUAAAACUAUGAUGAAGAUUGGGAUAAUUGCAAUUAUGCAAGAUAAGUACUUUUAAAGAAAGAGGGUGAUCAAUAUUUCCUAACAAAUAUUCGACAAUAUAAGCCAUAUGCUUGGGAUUUAAAUGAAGUUAUUAUUGGAUGGAAGAGAGCUAUUUGA